AUGUCGAGGUUUUUCGCUACUGGUUACACGUCCGAUCUGUCUUCCGAGGAGGAAGACUUGUUGAGCACCUCUGAGGAGGAAUUACUCUCUUCUUCUAGUGAAGAGUUCUCCACUGACAGUGAAUUCGAGAACGCUGAUGAAGACGAUGAAGAUUCUGACUCUGGCUCUGACUACGACCGUGUCGGACCUUCCUAUUUCUUGAAGAAGGACUUCUUGAAAGGUGGCGCUCAUGACUCAGACUCCGACUCUGACAAUGAGGGCCGUAAAGUCGUCAAAUCUGCUAAGGAGAAGUUGUUGGACGAUAUCAGAGAGUCUGUUGACUCCAUUUACAAUUCCAUGAACUUGGAGAACUGGAGUGCUGCUCUCGUUGAGUUCGAUCGUUUGAGUAAAUUGUUGGUUAGAGCCAACCAGCAGAACUUCGGUAUUCCUAACUUUUUCUUCAAGUUGUUGGGCCAAUUGGACAACAACAUCAACGAUGCUGUUGCUGAGAAGAAGAAGUUGCCUGCUGAACAGAGCAGAGCUUUCAACAACAUCCGUCAAAGAGUCAAGAAGCAGACGAAGGAGUUCCAGCCUUACAUGGACUUGUACAAGACCAACCCUGAAGCUUUCGACUCCGAUAUCCCUGUCGAGGUCGUUGAUGCUGAUCAACAAGAUGAGAAGAACGCUGUUGUCGGUAUUGUCAGUGGUACUGCUCGUAUCAUGAGCCCUGUGUUCACUGGUUUGAAGUCCAUUGUUGAGUUCAGAGGUAAGAAAAACAUCGACAAGUUCGAGCAAGUGUCUAUCUUGGAAAAAUUAUUGGUCGACGCUAAAGCUGGUGGAAACACAUUUGAGACCAUUUCUGUUUACCAGAUGUUGCUCUCUGCUAGAUUCGAUGCUCUGUCGUACCAAUCAUACAUGCCUGUUGAGCUCUGGAAGAGCAACGAGAAGGAUGUUAACGACUUCCUCGCGCUCUUGGAACAACAAGCUGACAAAUACCAAGUUUCCGAGAACGGUAAGUCCACUGAUGAUAUCGACAUCGAGCCUGAGGCAAACGAACAAGGUGUUAGAGUUAUCUUGGGUUCCUUGUCCUCAAUUGUUGAGCGUUUGGACGACGAGUUCAUCAAGUACCUUCAAAACACCAGUCCUCACUCUAUUGAGUAUAUCGAGAGAUUGAGAGAUGAGGCUGCUCUCUACAAGUUGAUCAUUCGUGCUCAAAUCUACGUUGAGUCUACCUGUGGUGUUUGUGAGCAGUUGGCAAGAAUGGUUCUCAAGAGAAUUGACCACAUAUACUACAAGCCUGACCAAUUGAUCAAACUUAUCGAAGAUGCUUCCUGGGAAGGCAUGUGGACCGGUAUCAAUCUUAGCGAGUCAGGAUUGAUCACCAAGGACAAGUCUCCUCAUGAUGUUGUUAAGGCUUUGAGUAACUUCUUGGGAGCCAGAGAUAGCCCUGUGUACACCAAACCCGCUCUUUUGUGCUACGUGUACUAUUUGGCUGUCAACAACCAAUACACGGCUGCUAAGGAUCUCUUCUUGGAAUCCAAGCUGUACCAGAAUGUUCCUCAGGCAGACGCUUCCGUACAAAUUUUGUAUAACCGUGCCUUGGUUCAAUUGGGAUUGGCUGCUUUCAAGCAAGGAGAAAUUGAAGAAUCUCAUCAAAUUUUGAGUGAAAUUUCAAACUCACAGAGACUUAAGGAAUUGUUGGGUCAAGGUUUCAUUGGAAAAUACCCAAGUCAAGCCACCACUGCCGAAAAGCAGAAGUUGUUGCCUUUCCACAUGCACAUCAACUUGGAGUUGUUGGAGUGUGUGUUCAUGACAACAUCCUUGUUGAUCGAGAUCCCUGCUUUGGCUGCUGCUGCUUCUAGUUCUACCAAGGAUUCGAAGCGUAAGGGUGGUAUCAAGUCUUUCAAGAGCAAGUUAGACUUCCACGACAAACAAUACUUCACUGGCCCUCCAGAGUCUAUCAAGGACCAUUUGAUUUAUGCUUCUAAAUACUUGCAAAAGGGUAACUGGAGCAAGGCUUACGACUUGGUCGCUUCAAUUAAGAUUUGGUCUUUGGUUCCAGACAGCGAGCUGUUGUUGCUGAUGUUGAAGAAACAAUUACAGAUUGAGGCUUUGAGAACUUACAUUUUCGCAUACAAAUCCAUCUUCACCAAGUUGUCUGUCGACAAAUUGACCAGUGCAUUCCAACUCGAGAGCACCGAAGUCGUGUCUAUCAUCGAGAAAAUGCUUGCUGCCGGCGAGUUCCAAGGCUCGUUGGAAGAGAACUUCGUCAACUUCGCCACUGAUGCUCCACAAAGAAGCAAGUUGCAAGAGUUGGCAAUCAUAAUGAACGAGAAGGUUGGUUUGUUGAACGAAAAGAACGAGAAAACAAGCGCCAACGGUCACGGAAGAAAACAGACCACGCAACAGCAACAGCAACAGCAAAAGGAACAGAAGGAGCAAAAGGAGAGUUUGCAGGAGGAGAACAGCCGCUUCAGAUACGCCAAUGUGACAACAAACAACGGCGAGUUUUUGAUCUCUGCCUAA